UCCGGUUGGGAGAGAAGAGAGGAGUUGGUGGUUGAGGUGGGCGCAGGAGCUUCCGGGGCUGCCGGAUUUGGGCCGCUGGGCUGGGGCAAUGUUCCGAACAGCCAUCAUGAUGGCUGCCAGCUUGGCCUUGACUUCUGCAGUGGUAGCUCACGCCUACUAUCUUAAGCACCAGUUCUACCCCACCGUGGUGUACCUGACCAAGUCCAGUCCCAGCAUGGCGGUGCUGUACAUUCAGGCCUUCGUCGUGGUGUUCCUGUUAGGCAAAUUCAUGGGCAAAGUGUUUUUCGGGCAGCUUCGAGCAGCGGAAAUGGAGCAUCUGCUUGAGCGGUCAUGGUAUGCAGUGACCGAGACCUGCCUUGCCUUCACAGUCUUCAGGGAUGACUUCAGCCCCCGCUUCGUCGCCCUCUUCACCCUCCUCCUCUUCCUCAAAUGCUUCCACUGGCUGGCCGAGGACCGGGUGGACUUUAUGGAGAGGAGCCCUAACAUUUCCUGGCUCUUCCAUUUCCGCAUUGUCUCUCUGAUGCUACUCCUGGGCAUCCUAGAUUUCCUCUUCGUCAGCCACGCCUACCACAGCAUCCUCACGCGGGGAGCCUCCGUCCAGCUGGUCUUUGGCUUUGAGUACGCCAUCCUCAUGACUAUGGUGCUCACCAUCUUCAUCAAAUAUAUCCUGCACUCCAUCGACCUCCAGAGCGAGAAUCCCUGGGACAACAAGGCGGUCUACAUGCUCUACACAGAGCUCUUCACAGGUUUCAUUAAGGUCCUCUUGUACAUGGCCUUCAUGACCAUCAUGAUAAAAGUGCACACCUUCCCGCUCUUUGCCAUCCGGCCCAUGUAUCUGGCAAUGAGGCAGUUCAAGAAAGCUGUGACGGAUGCUAUCAUGUCCCGCCGGGCUAUUCGCAACAUGAACACCUUGUACCCCGACGCCACCCCGGAAGAGCUGCAGGCCAUGGAUAAUGUGUGCAUUAUAUGCCGUGAGGAAAUGGUGACGGGGGCCAAACGCCUGCCCUGCAAUCACAUAUUCCACACCAGCUGCCUGCGGUCCUGGUUCCAGCGGCAGCAAACCUGCCCCACCUGCCGGAUGGACGUCCUCCGCGCCUCCCUCCCCACUCAGUCUCAGACCCCCCCAGAGCAGCAGGACGGAGGGCAGCAGCCACCGCUGCCGCCGCAUCAGAUUCCCCAGCCGCCAAACUUUCCCCAAGGCAUCUUGCCACCAUUUCCUCCGGGGAUGUUCCCUCUGUGGCCCCCCAUGGCUCCGUUCCCUCCGGUGCCUGGCGUCCAGCCACCCAACAACGCAGACAGUGCUGCUGCAGCAGCAGCGGCUACUCCUUCCACAUCUGGGGCACAGCCUGCAGCAGGCGCUGCCAGGCCCAGUGGCGAUUCGGCCUCCACAGCGGACGCCACAGGCUCUGCAGGGACGGUGCCCGGUUUCGCCUUCCCUCCCCCUUGGAUGGGGAUGCCAUUCCCACCUCUCUUUGGUUUCCCUCCUAUGCCGGUUCCGCCCUCUGGGUUUGCAGGGCUGACGGAAGAAGAACUGAGGGCCAUGGAAGGCCACGAACGUCAGCACUUGGAAGCCCGGCUCCAGUGCCUACAGAACAUUCACACGCUCCUCGACGCAGCCAUGCUGCAGAUCAACCAGUACCUCACAGUGCUCGCGACGAUUGGGGCGCCCCGAACUGCCCAGCCACCAAGUGCUUCAGCCACGUCGACGUCCGCUCCGGAGACCCUCACCCCUGAACCUGGCCCCGGUGAAACUCCCACCACCUUCCAGUCUACUGAAGGCACCUCCCCAUCAGCAACAGAGACGGACACGUCGGAUCAAGACGGUCCGUCCCCGGUGGCCGGCGCCGAGGGCUACACAGAGCCAUCGGGCCCGAAUGAAGAUGCGGAGCACUCCUUGCCAGAAGAACCCGACACGGCAGAACUGCGUCGGCGCCGACUCCAAAAACUGGAACUGCCUUCUUCCUCUUCCCAUUGAUGGUCUCUGCUGCCCCCUUCCGGUGAGGCCUUGUUCCGUGCCUGGGCUUAACUGUCUCACGGAUGUCUCUCCCCUUUUUCAUUAAAAGAAGGAGAAAAAGAAGCGCAAACGCAACGUGGAGUGAGUGCGAAAGGGGCGAGAGAAACCAGACCUGGACGUCUUGACUUGUGCUGCCAAGUGCCGAUGUGACGGGAGGCCGCUGAGGGACGCUGUUUUGCAAGAGGGGGCGGGGAGGAUGUGCGAGUGCAUUGCAGAGCUGACGUUGCCUUCAUUUAUACCUUCGACUGCCCCAUCCCUCCAACGCAAAUCAGUCCUCUCACACCAGGGCGGUCACACUUCUCGUAUCAAGAUCUGGGCUGGACGGACUCGUCCCCAACAGAGGCAGGCGGGUUUCACCCUGGGAGAGAUCUCCCUUCCUUCAUUUUUUUUGGAUAUCAUCUAAACAAUAAGGGCAUGACCAGCUGGAUGAGCUGCUCCAUCAGGAAUUGGGGGUGGGGGGUGGGGUGAGUGGCUUUUCCCACACGUCCUUGGUUUUCUCUUGCUUCUGUUCUCCUCCUCUAGUUCUGCAGCUGCGUUCUCGUCUGCCCGUCCUAAGCAAAUAAGCAAAGCAGCAUUGUCAGUUUCGAUGACCGCUGCCUGGAAUGUGCCCUUGCCUUUUUUUUUUGUAGGUGAAUUGUGCAGGUUGCCUUCUCUGGAUCGCUUUAGAACAGGAGCCCUGAAAUGUACAGGCUGCAGCCCCUCCUCUGCCCGCAGUCGUCGUCCCCUAACCUCCCCACUCCAACUCCCCACCAGCUAGGAUGGGAAAAAGGUCAAGAGGCUUUAGAAUGAACUUUUGCUGACCGAGGAUCGGAGCAGACGUUCUGUUCGGAACCCUGUAUUUCGAGGUCUCUGUGCUUCUCUCGGCAGAGACGGCUAGUUUUGUUGCACAGUAAAUGUGUGACUUGAAUCUUUUGUGCUUCCUUACUUGGCUCUUUAAAGAAAGGAUCCCGGUAGUUGUAGGGCAAGCAAGCAACGGUAGAUUGAGAAGGUCCCUGCGUGCUGCUGCGAGAAGGGUUUGGCUUCAUCUCCUUCUGCUGUUUCCUUGGUUCCUGGGGAACUGGGAACGAGGCCACGGUUUGGCAAUUACUGCAGCCUGGGGCCUAUGCAGUUCCUAAUCCUGAGGGUUUUUUUUAGCCCUGAGCAUCCAGUGUGGCUGGCAGGCAGUGGGUAGUAAAACCUGUAGAAACCACUGACAUCCCAGAGUAUGCUUAAAAGCAUGUUUCCGUCCCGUUGGUUCAGUAGAGCCCAGGCCACCCUCUCCUCCUUGUGGUGCUCAGUGUUCCUGGUUCUGGCGCCCUCUUCCUCCUCCUCAGAGCCUGCUAGACUUUCAGUAAUCCCACUGGGCCCACUGUUCUUUGUAGCCCCUCCUCAGUCUGUCUCCCGAAUGCUUCGCGCCAUCACUGCUCAUUCGAAAGUUCGCGCAGGUAGCACAGAGCCGUCUGUCCCUCAGCUUCUGGAGAUGAGGGUGUUGCAAAUGCAGCUUGUGUUGGUCUGCCUUCGUUCCUGGAGCUUCGCCGUCACUCUCCCUUCCUCCCUGUGGCGUCUUCCACCAGAAGUCCUGUAAUUCUGUCAGCUGAUAGCUUUGAAAGUGGGACUCGUACCCUAAGUAUAGCAGGUAGAAUUUCUGUGCAUGUAGUGGGGCUUCUCAGCAUGGCCCCCCUUUCCUAAAAAUAACAUCACUGUGAGAAAAAGCCAAUGCGGUGAUGCCAGGAGCUGUAAGCCCCAAGGAAGUCCAGGUGGGGUGUGGAAGAAUUCGCUUUAGCUGUCUGUAUGUCAUCCAUAGAGGGCUGGAGAAAGUAUUCAGGUUUGAUACCUUAAUCAUAGUGAGUGGCUUGCAGGAACUGUGGAAGGAAUUGGGGUGUAUUCAGGGAGUCCUCAGCGCUGGGAAGAGCUGUGUUGCUACCUGCACUUUGAAUUCCCAUGUUCCAAGUACUUGGGAAUUGUAACCCCCUCCUCUAUGGGGGUCCUUAACUGCUCCACAUUCUUAACGGGGGAACACUUGUGUAUUGUCUCUCCCCCUCUCUAUACCAGUGUCCCAUAACCUGCCCCAAAGGUACCUCCUAAAUCCUAACGAUUGCUUCACUCCUGGGACACCAACUUUCGGGUAUUGAUUUUUAUUUUUUUAAUGCUAGACCACCUCUGUUUUUUCAGACAAACCAGCCACAUCUUUGCAGGUUCGGGCCCGUUUGUGCAUUUUUAGGUGUAUUUUUCAGAUGGGUUAGUGAACUGUGAAAGGCAGUAUUAAUGUUGCCUAUCUGGCAGAAGAGAGCGAGUAAAAAACGGAGCAAUUUAGAUUUGGGGGGAUGGGUGGAGAGAAAGUGGGCACAGCUGGGGUGGUUUGAAAGAUUGAUGCCAAUCAAUAAAAGACUUUGACCAAGGCUUCUGUUAACUUCAUCUUUCCUGGUUUCAAAAAGAGUUUAGUACGCAAUUCUCUCCCUAGAGCUGGAUUUACUGGGACGGAUUUACACAAUGGUCAGGCAGGAGAAAUUUCACCCGGGUUGUGCUCUGUAAAGGGGUAAAUCUGACCACGCGGAUGGAAAUGGCUCUGCGAACCAGAAGGGACUCUGUUGGAAGAAUGCAGGAAGCAAUAAGGGGUUACUUUUUGGGGGUACCCUCCUAUUCCCCCCACCCAUAACCUAAUUAGAAGGAUAAUCUGGGUCUUUCUGUUUGGGACAAGUGUAUUGACCGUCAAUAAGUGACUGAGCCUUACUUAACUUCUCUAGUGGAAAAGAAGUCUUGCAAUUAUAUGCGAAUUGCAAUGCUGAAUUGGUUUGGCAGAGCAAGGCUGCAUAUGAAGCACCUAUAGUUUUCCCAACCUGGCGUCCUUCAGAUGUGUUGGACUACAACUCCCAAUAUCCCCCUGUGGCUGGCUGGGGGAUGCUGGGAGUUGUGUUUCGGCAAAUCUGGAUGGCGCCAGGUUGGGGAAGGGUUUUCUGAUGGCUCAUUCCAGAAAGCUGCACAGGGCUAGAAAGAGAGGUACUUAAUUUUUGCGGUUCCACCCACCGCCUUGUGAAAACAUCAGCUGACAUCGAGCGAUGUCACUUCAAGGGGGUGAUAAUUCUGAAGUGUUUGGAGGGUGGGUGGGUGGGUGGUGGGGAUAUGAUGCUUGUCAUGUGUAGCACAAGGCAGCUGCUAAAAAGUCAUCUUCCAAAUCCUUGACUUUCCCAUUCAUACUCCUUUCGUUCCAUCGCCUACGCAGUGGCCUCUCUAGGCUCCACCUGUGAUAUUUCAUUCAAGGAAUACCAUACCCCAAAGAGUUGCAGGUGUGUUGUGUCUAAAAUACCAAGGCCCACCUUUGAGAGAGCGGGCCACUAUCCAAACCAUCAGAAACCUUUUUGGAGGAGGGAAGGAGAGAUGUGUCUUAGUGACACUCCUUUCUUGCCAGUAUAUAUUCCCUGCUCCGUCCCUCCACACAAUCGAUCGCUGAGGCUGCAAUUGGAAAUGGAGAGAGACAUCGCCUGUUUGCAGUUGCUUAAUGCGUAGAUUUCCUGUAUGAUUUCUUCCCUGUCUUCUUUUAAAAACGAAAAAAGGGCUUGGAUUUUAUGCACACUAUUCCCCCCCCCCCCCGAGAGCCAAGUGGCCUUUCCUUCACUCCUCCAAAGCGACAUGUUUGAAAGUGGCUAGUUCAGACGGGCGGGCGGCCAGCCUCUCACCUUCACCUGCACUAUUUCAGCUGCCGCAUCACACAUUUCUAUAAAGCAAGAAAUCUGGUUUUUGAAUGCUCUGGUUCCUUAACAAAAAGUAGGCCACUAGGAAAACCAAGGAUAUGUGACACACACAACCUUCAGUCCAUCAUUUCUUUGAUUCCUCAUCUAGUUAAAAAGUUGGGGGUGAAAGAGGGAAAUUAUGUUUUGUAAAAGCUCUUACUUGCACAUAGAGAUGCCAUGUUCGGUUACAUGCCAAAUCCAUAACUUCUCCUUUUUUAAAAAAAACCAAACCCAAAUUACAUCACAGUCUUGAAUUUCCAUCAGUGGGUUCUUCUGGUUUCUUUUAACAUCAGCUGUGUUUGGCUCAGGGUCUGUUGAAUGCCACCACAAUUUUCCCCCAUCAAACUUGUCUCCUUUUCGGAGUUGAUAUCGAAAGCUAAGGCAGCGCAGCGAAAGGUGUGUGGCCUCCUUUUCGUCACAGCUUCUGUUCAGCUGCGUCUUACGUGGAGGCAGAGGAGGUAAUUAUUUAAUGUUUUGUAAAUAUUGUAUAAUUUUUAAUAGCUUGAAUUGUAUAUAUCCGGCGAAUAAAAACUUGCAUUAAA